UUCUUUGCAGCUAGCAGUAGUGGCAAAAAGAUCUCACUUGAACGUGCCACUCACGCCUGCCCACGAUGUAAAAACAAGGCGUCGGUGCAACUUAUGCGAUGUGAAAAACAAGUGAUCCUAUUCAAUAAACGUAUUACAGACAAUACCACCGUACGAUAUGAAUGUUCACAGUGUCGAUGGAAAAACGAAGAACUUCCC